AUGGCGCCUUCGGUUUCUGAUACCGUACCCUCCGUCACAGACGCCAUUGCUGAUCUCAAAUUAAUGGCCACAAAACAGGAUAAUGGCCCUUCCUACCCAUUCUACUAUCCCUAUUAUGACCCGGAAGAGAAGUUCCCUCCGACGCAAGUCUACGAGCACACGGAUCCCGGUGCCAAGGCGGACCGUGCAAAGCCACACCUGUUGACGCCCGAGACAAAUGUUAGCCACAUAAGCCCCUUUAUUGGGACCGAGAUCUCCGGUGUGCAGAUCUCCCAACUGAGCGAGGACGGUCUCAAUGAGCUCGCUCUGUACGCCGCGGAGAGGAAGGUCCUUAUCUUCCGCAAUCAAGACUUCAAAGAUAUAGGACCUGAUAGGCAGAUUGAGAUCGCCAAGCACUUUGGACGAAUUCAGAGGCAUCCGACCUCAGGGAAUGUCAAGGGAUACCCAGAGUUCCACGUCGUUUAUCGGGGUGCUGAACACGACAUGCUGAAGGAGGUCAUAUCUGACGAACGCAUCAAUCGCACGCAAUGGCAUUCCGACGUUUCGUACGAGAAACAACCCGCCGGAACCACGUUCUUCUUCAUUCUGGACCAGCCAGAAGUCGGUGGUGACACAUUAUUUGGAUCUCAGGUAGAGGCAUACAACCGUCUUUCCCCCGAGUUCAAGAAACGCCUUGAAGGCUUGCGCGCCGUGCACAGCGCCUUCGAGCAAGCAGAGUCCUCUCGCAGGCGUGGUGGGGUCGUCCGUCGGGAACCUAUCCUGACCGAGCAUCCUCUCGUUCGCCGGCACCCUGUGACCGGGGAGAAAGCACUCUAUGUGAACCCGGGCUUCACGCGCCGCAUCGUCGGCUACAAGACGGAGGAAUCUGAGUACCUCUUGAGAUUCUUGUUCGACCACAUUGCGAAGGGCGCGGACUUCCAGAUUCGUGCGAGGUAUAAGCCCGGCACUGUUGUUGUCUGGGACAACCGAGUCACUGUUCACUCUGCAACUGGAGACUUCAAUCUUGGGGAUAGGAGGCAUGCAGUUCGCCUCACCCCCCAGGCGGAGGUUCCAACUGACGUGUAA